AUAUUUGUUGCAUUAUGCCAAAUUAUUCUCAACCACCGCUCCAAAAUCCAAAAUCAAAUUUCCGAAUUUUUGCUUCGAAGUUUCUUUGCUUUCUUCGAAUUUUCCCCCAAUUCUAGGGUUUCCAUACUUCUCUCUCCCUGCUGUAUGUGAAGUAUAAGCAAAGAAUUUCAGUCGGUUUUAAUUUUGUUGCAAUUUGCUUUAAGUUCAACAAUUUCGACAAUAUUAAGCACAUUGCAAUCGUCUGACUUGCUGGCACUAAACGGGUUUUUAUGAUGGCUUUAUGACAUUGAAAUUAUUCCGACUUUCUUAUUCAGUAUUCUGCUGCUAAACAAUGGUAAAGCCUUUCUGAUUUAGUGGUUUAAAAUGGACAUAUCUGCUCUUUUGACCUCGGCUGGGAUCAACAUAGGCAUCUGUUGUGUGCUUUUUUCAUUAUAUUCCAUAUUGAGAAAACAACCAAGCAAUAGAAAUGUAUACUUUGGACGUAAAUUGGCACAAAUUCGAUCGAGAACUAGAGAUCCUCACUGGUUUGAGAGAUUUGUGCCUUCACCUAGUUGGAUUAUAAAGGCUUGGGAGACAUCUGAUGAUGUGAUUUUGGAUGUUGGGGGAUUGGAUGCUGUUGUAUUCAUGAGGAUGCUUGUAUUCAGUAUUAGAAUUUUCUCCAUUGCGGCUAUUGUGUGCACUGCUAUUGUGCUUCCAUUGAAUUACUACGGGCAAGAAAUGGAGCACAAGUUUAUCCCUGCUGAGUCGCUGGAAGUGUUUACCACUGAGAAUGUUAAACCAGGUUCUAGAUGGCUUUGGGCUCAUUGUCUUGCAUUAUAUAUCAUUUCCUUCUCUGCUUGUAUUCUUCUUUACUUUGAAAAUAAAAAUAUGACUAAGAGGCGGCUUGCAUACAUUAAAGGAUCUUCUCAAGAUUUAAGUCUAUUUGCAGUACUUGUUCGCGGGAUACCUUGGUCUGCAGAAGAGUCAUAUAGUACUUCAUUGAAGAACUAUUUCACCAAGUACCAUGCGUCUUCUUAUCUAUCACACCAGAUGGUGUAUCAUUGUGGAAAAAUUGAGAAGCUGAUGAAAAAUGUCAGGGAGAUGUACGAUGUUCUCUAUCAUGAAAGCAUUCCUUCAUGUCACUCAUGUGUUCUCCCGGGAGGAAGACGUCCAAAUGUAUUCAAUGUUCUUGUAAAUGAGCCAGAAAUUAUCGAGAAAGGGAAAAUUGAUUUGCAGGACUUGCGUGAUAGAGGGAAGGAGUGUCCAGCAGCUUUUGUGUUCUUUAGAACCCGCUAUGCAGCUGCUUGUGCUGCAAAGGCUCUUCAAUCAUCAAACCCCAUGCUAUGGGUCACACAUCUUGCUCCACAGCCACGUGAUGUAUAUUGGCCAAACCUAGCUAUUCCAUAUAGACAAUUAUGGUUACGAAGGACAGCAACUCUUAUGGCUACUGCGGCUUUCCUGGUUUUCUUCAUUGCUCCAGUUACUCUUGUACAAAGUUUGGCUAAUUUAACACAGCUACAGCAGGCAUUUCCUUUCUUGAAAGGAUUGCUAAAGAAGAGGUAUGUUAGCCAGCUGGUUACAGGAUACCUACCCAGCGUCAUACUGGUAUUGUUUUUCUACACUGUCCCUCCAUUGAUGAUACUCUUUUCAACAAUUGAGGGCUCAAUCUCUCGAAGUGGGAGGAAAAGGGGUGCCUGCUGCAAAGUCUUGUUUUUCACCAUCUGGAAUGUGUUCUUUGUUAACAUUGCAUCUGGAACUGUAAUUAAAACAAUAAAGGUAUUUUCCCAGCCGAAAAACAUACCUCAACAACUAGCAACUGGAGCGGUGCCUGCAGCGGUCAAAUUCUUUAUGGCUUAUGUCUUGACAUCAGGUUGGACCAGUUUGGCAUGCGAAGUUGUGCAACUCUAUCCACUUCUCUGUAACUUUAUCUAUAAGUUCAUUCUGAGAAAGGAUCAUGGCCCAUUUGACGGAGAGUACACCUUUCCAUAUCACUCUGAAGUCCCUAGAGUCCUCUUAUUUGGACUUCUUGGUUUGACUUUUGCAAUCUUGGCACCUUUGAUUCUUCCCCUGCUGCUGGUUUAUUUCUGUCUUGCUUACCUCGUGUACCGUAAUCAGAUUCUCAAUGUUUAUAUCACGGAUUAUGACAGUGGUGGUAAAUAUUGGCCAAUUGUCCAAAACUCAGCGAUAUUCUCUCUGGUUGUGGCACAAGUUAUAGCUAUAGGAGUCUUUGUGCUAAAAAAGUCGACAGUUUGCUUCGGAUUCACCAUUCCAUUGGUUAUAUGUACGCUGCUAUUCAAUGAGUACUGUAGGCGCAGAUUUCUCCCUGUAUUCAAAACCUUUGCUUCUGAGAUUCUUAUUGAUUUGGAUCAGCAAGAUGAGCAAAAUGGGAGGAUGGAGGCAAUAUAUGAACAGCUUAAAUCUGCCUAUUGUCAGUUUGAAUGGCUUGCGUUCGGUAGCUCCAAAAUAAAACAACAGUACAUUUGUGCUGGUGAAGAGACCAUAAAGCACACUCAAGAACUUAAGCCAGAAAUUAAAUUUAGUGAAGAAAUUACACCAGAUGAAUCCGUAGAAAUAUCUCCACCUGCAAAUCACAAAGAGGAAGUGGAAUUAAUUAUAGUAGAUACUACACCAUAGGGUAUAUGAUAGUUUUACAUUCUUUCUAUUGCCGCUCUCAUUUUUGAUCUUCUGGAAGUGUAUAGAAUAUAGAAAAUGAUCAAUUUUUUGCUUGAAUCAAGUCUUGGAAGAGAAAGUUGAUUCGCAAAAUAUUAGUAUAGGAUUGUACAGGAAAUGUGACAAUAUAUAUAUAGUGUUCUCUGUUUGUAUUGUUCGAAAAUACAUACAAAACCGAGCAUUCCUCAAAGAUAUUAAGGGUGCAUUUUUCUUCUUUAUGUUGAAUUACUAGUAGUUUUUA